AUGUGCAAACUUGUGUUCUCUUCAAUGCAUGGGACACGCACGAGAUCGCAACCAACGGGAAGCGCCGCGUGUUCUUUUGGACCUGGGACGUGGAGCAGCCCUUCCAGUUCUACUCGCCGGCUUUGGCGCCUCGAGACUUCAAGCAGAGGAUCGGAGACUACACGCAGACCAUCUUUCUGCCCGAGUCCACCCAGGCUGCCACAGGGACGAUCGAUGGUGACGUGGUCAUAUGGGACCUAUCGCUGA